UCCUCCUCUUUUAAAAGACCAGGAAUUCCUGUGGCUUUUGAUAAUCUAGAAGAGGAUCAGUAAUAAACUGACCAUGGUCAUUGAAGAAUACUCCAGCUUCUUCAUUAGAGAGUCUCAGAUCCUUUGGAACCAAGGAAUGGAACUAACAUGCGACAGUCUGUCAACUGAAAGUUUCAUGAGUUCGCUCCUUUGCCAAGAUCUUGGCGAACAGUCCCUUACCGUGUGAUUGAGGCUCAGAAAUUAUUUUUCUUUUGGUGAUGAUCGUGCUGGGCUGGAUGCUUUUUGUUGGCCUUGCGACCUACAUGGGCACAUUUCCAGAGGCGAUGCCUCCAACUCUAAAGUGGAAAGAGAGGUUGCCUGGUCGGGAGAACAAGGCACGAAGAAGGAUCCAAGCUUUGGAGGAGGAGCUGCUGCUAUGAGUGAGUCAGGAACGAUGUGGAAGGGAUAUAAAUAUCCCCCAGGAGGGACCCCUCUGGAAGUAAACAAAGAUGACCCUGGUGAACCAAUGCAGCUGUGAAGAUCACCCAACUGCACAGUUACUGUUGUAGGUUUCGCAUAAAGUAAUCGCACAUUAUUUUGUCA